AUGAAGACCUUUUCUAUUAUUUUAGCACUCUUUAUCUAUUAUUGUGUUUGGUUACUGUUACCUAUAUUUGAUCUUGAUCAAAAAGUGUCACUUUUCCCAUUAUCUAGCCAAUAUGCAGUUGGAAUCCCUAUAUUACUGUUACUACUUGGAACUUCAAUCGUUGGAACCUCAGUUGCUGUAAUGUUAUGGAAUGAUUGCAGUGAUGUACCGAAGACAAGAGACAAACCAACGCAUACCAAUACUUAA